AUGGGUUGGUUGAGUGGUGGUGCGAACAAUAAUAAUAACAACAAUAAUAACGACGCGUUGUUGUUUAAUCCUUCGGCGUCGUACCCGUCGAUCCCGCACAUCAACUCGGGAGUGGAGUUUGGCGACUUCAAGUUAGAGAAAGGCCUUCAAUUGAAAGUACCGAAAGUUUUUAAGGUGUUGUUCACCGUGUGGUUCGUGUUUAGUCUCGGCGUGCUGAUGGUGAAUAUGGACGAGUUGGAGAUGGACCAAUCGAGAUUGGUGUCGGUGUAUUUCAGCGCGCCGAGUUUAAUGACGUUGGCGCUGUGGUUAUGGGGGAUAAACGUGUAUUUGUGGCACGAGAAGAUGAAAUUGGUGCCGUCGCCGUUGGUGGUGUUUAGUGAGAAACAUACGAAAUCGUUCGCGAACGAAGACGCGAUUCCGCACGCGUUGGAUGCGUCCGCAAUAUUUGGCAUCGCAGGGGUGAUGUCGGUGGCUACGGCGACUGGCGCGGCAUGUUUUAGUAAAGCGCUAAAGGACGAAAACGAAAUAGCGGCGUCGUUUUACAUCUUCUUCUUUUACGUGUUGGCACCUUUGGUGAUAUUUUUCGCGCCGACGGAGAAUGGUUUCCUGUUUGGAACGGCUAGGAAAGGUUUAAGAGUCACCGUAUCUCGAAUUGCCGCGCCAACCGCGCACGCUAUUUCCUUCGCCGAUUUCUUCGCCGCCGAUGUUUUGUGCUCGUUCGCAAAGUCGUUAUCGGACGUUGAGAGAGUGUUUUGUAGCGCAUUCCAAGGUCACGUUUUAUCUCACGCGGCUGAAGGCGCGUGUGGCGAUCAAAGUUGGCGCAUUCCGUUUGUUUUGUGCAUUCCGAGCGCCAUUCGAUUGUUUCAGUGCAUUCGCCAGCGAAGAGACACCGGCGACGAGUUGUGUUUCUGGAACGCGGUGAAAUAUUUUUCCGCGUUUCCAGUCAUUUGGUGCUCUGCGUUGAAAUAUCACGUGGACGAGGACGAUUGGGAACGGUUGUAUCGACCGAUGUGGUUCGCGUUUGCCGUCGUGAACAGUAGUUUUAGCUAUUAUUGGGAUUUAACCCACGAUUGGGAUUUACCGAUGGUGAAGAAGCUAGUGUUUCCUUCCUCUUCUUCGGCAUCGAGCGGUGGUGGUGGAAACAACAACGAGAACAACAUCAUCGCCGAAAUAGAAAGCAACGCCGAGAACGAAGCAUUCGCCCCGUACGGUUUGCGAAACAACAGAUUAUACAAGGCGCCAGCGGUGUACUAUUUCGCGUGCGCGACCAACCUCAUGCUCCGCGUCUCGUGGACGUACAAACUCGCCGCGCACUUACGGAAAAACUCGCGAACCGUUUUCUUCGUGUCCGCGUUAGAAAUCGUCCGACGGUUCCAGUGGUCCAUCUUUCGCAUCGAGAAAGCGUACUUGAAAGCCAAGCGAUCCGCGAUGAAUAGCCGAGAAAAUAGCUUCAUUUAA